AUGGCGGUUCGAAGAUUAGCGUCUACUCUCUUAGCACUUGCUGCUUGUGCCAAUGCUAAGUGGAUAGUUCCCGGCGCACGAUGGUAUGAUACCGAUGGCAACCUCUUCAAUGCUCACGCUGGAGGGCUCUGCGUAGACCAGGAAACUGGGAAGUUCUACUGGUUCGGGGAGUACAAAGUCGAGGGUCAAGUUGAAGGUGGUGGGUUCUCCGUGUAUAGCUCUGACGACCUUGCUACCUGGGAGUCUCACGGGCUCGCUCUAGGUCUUGCGACCUCCGACAAUAUCGCUGGGCCCUAUACAUUCGUGGAUGCUACCUCUCCGUUGGGUAAUUGGUCCCAAGACUUUGGCGCGUUCACGGAUUACAAGUCGGGUAACUCGUACGCUCUCUACUCGAACGGUGAUAGCGUUGAGGGCCGUGACGUCUACCUCAGCAAAUUCAACAGCAACCUCACGGCUGUUGAGGAGGUUACUUACCGUUUCCCCAAGUAUGACUUUGAGGCGCCUACUAUCCUGCAAACGGAGAAUAGUUACUAUGCACUUAUGAGUCAUAAGACCGGAUAUCGGCCUAAUAACGUGGUAGCAUUGCGCGCUGACAAGCUCGAGGGCCCGUGGUCCCAGCCAUUCUUCGUUUCCCCGGCAUAUACCCGUACAUUUAGUACACAGUCUGGAUUUUCUUGGAGAAUCCAGGGGACUAAGAAGACCACAUACUUGUAUAUGGCGGACCAGUGGGACAUGAACACGCUCUGGGAGAGUCGCAAUGUAUGGCUUCCUAUUGAGAUUGAUGAUCGUGAGGGUAGCUUGAAGGUAGUUUGGCACGAUGUUUACGAUCUGAACGUCAAAACUGGUGAAUGGAAGCCCAUCAAGGGAGAGACUUAUAUCUCAAAACAUGCAAAGACCUCCGGAGAUGCGUACCUACAAGAGGCAACAUUCGCUAGCGAGCACCGGAUAGCUACCGGCAUCUACGGCAAUGACAGCACAAUCACCUUCACUGUGCAAGGCCAAGGUCAAGACCAAUGGGUAUCCUUCUAUCACCAAAACAUUGAUGACAUGGGAUUCGGUGAUCAGCCAAUGGGCCAACCCGACCGCAUUAACGGCACCUGGCAACUCCGGCGCAUCAGCAGCGUCGUAGUAAACGGUGACACAGAGAACGUACACACGUUGUACCAGAAGGACACGCAUAAGGGGACCUCCCUGUUGCACAUUGGGGACACCCUACACCUUCUGUGA